AUGGCCGCUGUCGAACAACUGACUUCAGAUACUAUCCUGCUCGUCGGUGGUGAUCCUGUGGGACCUCACUCUGGCCACUGUCCUCGCGGAUCAUGGAGCCAAAAGCGUCUUGAUCGAGAGCAACUGCACCACGACGCGCUGGCCCCAUAUGGAUCUGACGAGCACACAGAGCAUGGAAACAUUUCACCGCCUGGUCAUUGGCUGGGGCGGACGACAACUGGUGUCGUCCCACGAAGCGGACUUAGUCCCCGUCCGACCUGA